UUUUGAAGUAUACAUCAUUUUCUUUACUUUUCCGGGGUUAGAAAUUAGUUUGCCUAUAGAUUUUUUUUUCUCUUACAAUCGAAGAAGAAAGCAAUGGGUGGAGCGAGGAGAAUUCCACGAAUCAAGUUUCCACAGAGGCAUUCAAAGCCUUCUGGUUCCACAUCCCAGAAUUCCCAACAUCAGAAAACUCCAGCAGCUGAAGAAGCUCCUCGGACAUUUUUCUCAAGGUCCCCAACUAGCAUGUCUGUUGCAGGGAAGGCUUCUGACCAACCCAAAAGAACACCAGUGACUCAGGAGGAAAUUGAUUCCAUUUUGUUGGGUGGCUGCCUCUGACUUUAGGCAGGCGAAUUACCUUCAGAGAGAAGACACAGCUCACAAAUUCACGCUUUAUGUUUAGUGAUUGGGUGACUACCUUUCAUGCUUAUGUUUUAACUGUUGUACUUCUUGAAACCAGUGACUCUUUUCAGCAAUCAAUGUUUUUGAUGAAUGAUUGUUAAUAAUUCGUUAUGCACGGUAUGGCAAUCGAGACCUGGAUUGGCAAACUACCUCAUACAUUGGUAGGCUUUAUUCUUUGGUAUAGAAUAUAACCAUUUGCAGA